GUGAAACUGCUGGACUGAGGUCACCACGUGUACAUAUUGAUUUGAGACUGGCCUUUGAGUCUGCCUCUUUGAAGCUGCUGCUUUAUAAAGAGGAACACCCACAGAACCAAACCAAACACAGCUGGAUCUCCUCUGCUCUUGUCUCCAAAAUCGAAAAUCACUGCAACCAUGAAAUUGUACCUGGCCCUUGCUGUGCUGGUGCUGGCUUUUGUAGCCUACACAGAGGCACAAGAUGAUACCGCGGAGGACGGGUUUAAUCGGGUUCACCAGUCCGUCACUGAGUUUGGAAAGACUGCACUUGAGAGGGCACAGGCCGCACUGAACGACUUUAACAACAAUGAAAAAGUACAGAAAGCAAAAACCUGGUUUCAGGAACAGAUUGAGAAGAUCAAGAAUAGGUUUAAUAACUAAGUCUGUGUUUACAACCCCCAAUCCUUUAGUUUAAUCCCUGCAUUUUGACUGAAUGUGACUGUAAUUGCAAUGUGAUAUGUUACUACAAUGAACUGUUAAAACAAUAGAAAUAUAAUUAAAUGUUGUUUUUUUA